AAGAGGCAACAAAAUGGAACCCACCACAAUUUCCUUCUGUUUGUUUUUAAAGUUGUUUGAAGAUUAACAUUUCACUUAAUUAUCUAUAUAGUAUAUAGAUCUACUUAAUACUAAGUAAUACUAAACUGUAUUACUGUGGACGAAAGUAAAGACUAAACCUAUUCAAAAUUCAAACAAAAAUGGAAUAUACAGAAAAUGCUAAAAUGAUGAUGGGGUACUUGGAUGAGGAGGAGGAAAUAAUUAACUAUGAUGACAACAUGAGUGACAGUGAAAAUGAAUCAGAAGCUGUGAUUGAACCUAGCCUCCCCUUUCCUGAAAAUGCUGAAGAAAAGAUAAUGUGGCAUGAGCAAAUUCGUAUGAUACAACUACGUAGCCAUUUGAAUAAGCUGUUAGAGAAUGUAAAACUAGCUCAGUAUACAGCAGACAGGAUAAGGGAAGAAUUGAAAAAAUGCAGGUGUAAAAUUCAACUUCUGGAAGAUGAGAGGGAUAAACUAUUUACAGAAAUAAACAAAGACAGCAAUGAACAAAACAGACCAGUAGCAGACAGAAUUUGUGCUGCUCAUGAAAAAACAUGCAAGGAACUAGAGGCAGAGCAGAAGCUGGAAGCAAUAAUCAUUGAGAGACUAGAUCAGGCUGAGAUUGAGCUAGCAUUGGCUGAAAUUGAAAGAGGCAAAUUUUUGCUUGCUGAAGAUGAGCUCCUUCAAAAAGAGCAAAAAUUAAACCAAGAGAAAACUGAGCAAGCUAUGGUGAGAUUGCAGAAGGAAGAGCUGUAUGUCAAACAAAGUUUGUACAACAAAAGGAAGGAUGAAAAACUAAAACUUCAAAUGAAAGAAGAAUUAGACAGAAGACACCACAAAGCUGUUGAAGAAGCAGAAAAGUGCCAUAACAAAGUGAACAAGUUUUUGAGCCAGACAAUGGCUAAGCUCAAGAAAAGACAAGAUGAGGAAGCUGAAAGGUACAAAGUUGACAUGAAUAAAAGGAUGGAAAUGCUUUUAAAACUUAAAAAAGAUAUUUCGCACAACAGGGAUAAUUUGCGUGCAAUAAAAGCAAGGGAAAAUGCCAAAGAUGAAGAGGAAAAAAUGUCUGAAUAUGAGGAGAGGAUGAGAAUUGAGGCUGAAGGAGGAAAUGCUGAGGAAAUUUUGCUGGCAAAGAAAAGAAGAAAUGAAGCUGAGAAAAUCAGACAACAGUUUGAAGCUGAACAAAAAGUUAAAAAAGUUGAAAUAGUGAAAAAGAUUGUGAGGGAAGAAGAAAAUUUAAAAAAGAAAAAGAAGCAGCAGCCAUAUUUGUGGGAGUGGCCACAGCGUGAAAAGGAAAAGAGAGUUGCACCUAUCAAAAAGAAACCUGUGAAGUUUCUUGAGACCUAUAUUGCUGAAACUACUGCUGAACUCCCUGUGGAUGAUAAGAAGGAAGAUGAUAACAAGAAGCAUGAAAAAAGUGUAUAUGAUGAAAAAUAUAGUAGUUGUACGGACAGUUUUGGAGAAAAUGAGGAUAAAGAAUCAUUUGAGUCUUUUUCCGUUGACUCUAACUAUACUACGAUGCUUAAAGACUUGGAAACGAACAUGAAGAUUGCGCCAGUAUCUCCAUGGAAUCAGAAUCAAAGUAGAAAUAUAAAUGCCUUCAAAGCUUUUCCUAGUGGAUAUAAGCACCAUCUCACUAGAUCUAAUAAUAACGAAUGGACUUCACCCAAUGUAAGUGGCAAUGCUGAUGAAGAGGACAUUGCUCCUUUGGAGACUGUUAAGGAAGAGGACCAAUCACGAGCAGAAACAAGUGUUGAGGAGGAACUCAGUACAAGUCCAACAGUAGAAACAGAAAAUGAAAAGACAGUGGAUGAGGAAGUUUUGGAUGAAGCCACAGCUAUGGAAGACACUCCAAUUGUAGAAGAACCCAUAUCAUCAGAAUCUGAAGAAGAUGAAGAAGAAGAAGAGGCAGAGAAACAGGUCAGCCUAGAAAAACCAGAGUUUGAAGGUUUGUGGAACAAGCAAACAAAACCUUAUAAAGUUCCAAAAGAUAACGAUCAACUUCUCAGCAAGCCUGUUGGUAAAAGUAAAAUGGAAAAGGAAAUCCUCAAAAGGACCUUAGAUAAAACAAGGGAGGGAAUUGUGAUCACCCAAAAGGCAGCAGGUCGAGAGUUUUCCGGAUGCUCCUAUUACAGUAAACCAGAUGUCAUACACUUCAAAGACUUUGAUGUUGGCAAAACUUACAAAAAAACAGUGAAGCUGACCAAUGUCUCAUAUACUGUCAAUUACAUCAAAUUUGUUGACAUCACUGACCUGUUGAAAGAUUUUAUUAAAAUUCACUUUGAACCACCUGGGCAGAUGUCUGCUGGCUUGACAUGCAGUUUAACUGUAACCUUUAAACCCAUGAUUAAUGAGGAUUUGAAUGGAGAGGUGAAGUUCCUCACUCAGACUGGGCCAUUUAACAUACCCUUGAAAUGCACCACAAAGAAAACAGAGCUGUCAAUAGAUGUAGAAACAAUAGACUUUGGAACCCACGUUAUUGGAGAGACGCUUAAGCAGUGUUUUACCCUGACCAAUUCUGGGGCUCUUGCAACUAAAUAUGAUUUCUACAAAAUUACUCCAAUGAAACCAUUUUCAAGUUUUACAGAGGCUGAUCUAAAAGACAUGCAUUCACUUUACACCAAAGAAGAAAUACUGUUGAGCCAACAGUAUCGCUUUAUACCCUCACCAAGCAUGAAAUCUCAGGCUAAGCGCAUGACACCUGGCCUCAGUAAAACUUUCCUUCUUGCUAAGCCUUCGGAGCAUUUUUCUACGACAAACGUAAAUGAUAAAGCUCAAGAAGAGCCAGAAACUGGAGGAGAAGGGGGAGAAGACCCUGAAAAACCAACUGCACCCGAUGAUACAGAAACACAAGCUCCUGCAAAUGCUAAUGAAGAACUAACAAGGGAAGCCACCCCUGAUAAAAAGGAAAUGGAUUUAGAAGAUGGGAGCCCCAGUUUACUAAAUGUUGUUAGUGCUUCCAAACAAAAGAUUUCAUCAUUGAGAUUUCCAUUUAUUGUAGAGUCCUUUGGUGAUAUUGAUAUAAAUGAAAUCUGUUCACUUGAUGGCUUGCAAGUGGGUCCUAACUCUGCUGGGGAAAUUGGCCCUUUCUCCUCCAUAAAACUAGAGGUAAUAUGGAAGCCAACUAUUCCAGGAAAAGUGAAGACACCUUUCAGGAUUGUCUUUUCUGAUGCUCUCAGUAAACCAUUGGACCUUUUUGGUUUGGCUGAAGCCAUAAAUCUUCCUGUGUGGGUGGAGAGACAAGCAGUUGACCUGAACAUCUGUAUGUUUGACCGUCUCUAUCAAGAUACCAUUGUAGUACACAACAGAGCUAGCACAGCACUAAAGUUAACUUUUGAGGUAGCCCCUGAGUUGAAAAACCACAUGGAGAUAUUGCCCAAGACUGGCUACAUCCAAGCCCAGUCUCAGUUCUCUGCUCAGUUGAAGUUCUUACCCAGAAAUGGUAUCUUCAGUGAUGCCAAGCCAUACAUCAGUGAAGAAAUUGGUGUUUUGGAAGCUCCUGUUACUAUCAGAGUGGCUGGCCAGACAACACCUGUUGUUUUUACUGCUCAUGCUGUUGUUACAAGGACAGACAUAGAAAUAAAUGUGAAAAACAUUGAUUUUGGCUACUGCACCAUACAUGAAUCAGUGAAGAAAUCUAUUGAACUUACAAACAAAUCAAUUCUACCACAGCAGUUUGGCUUUGUUGGUUUGCCUGAGUAUGUGGAUGUCCAGCCAAAUGAUGGUUUUGGGACUUUACUUCCAUUAGAAACCUACACAGUUGAUGUUAUUUUUAGCCCAUCAAAAGCCAACGAGUACAAGUUUGAUUUAGUUUGCAGAAGUAUAAUCAACAGGGAUUUCAAGGUGUCUUGUGUGGGUGUGGGUGUGCACACACCACUAGAGCUGUCCCACCAAGUGGUUCACCUUGCUUCCACAGCGCUGUACGAUAAAACCAUGGCAACCAUUCAUGUCAUCAACUCACACACUGACACCAAUGAAUUCACCCAUCCUGUACCGAGGAUUGGAAAAGGUCCCAUUUGCCCUGUGGGACCAACUUCCUUUGAGUUUGUUGUCCCUGAAGAUGCACCAUUUAUUAUCUCCCCUUCUGUAGGAACGGUGCAACCAGGCAAGAAGCAAAAAGUGUAUAUCCAGUUUACACCAACGUUAGAUGAAGAUGAAAUCAAAGAAGAAGCACUGAGGAUCAUCGAAAAGGCUAAAGAGAAAGUAGUAAAAGCAGCUGCAGAAAGUCAGGAAAAAGUACAAUUACAGAAAAGGGAAAGCCAGCUAGCUACAUCAAUGAAAGCUAAAAAAAAGCAAAAAUCUGUAUCGAUCUCAUCCAAUGAAAAUGCCACUAGUGUCGAGAAUACUAAGAUUAACGGAAACAAAUCAAACAAUACAUCCAAUAAUAGACUAUCUAGAAACAGUAAUGCUUCAGAAUCAAGUGUGGAAAAGGAGGAUAUUUUGGACUUUGUUGUUGAACCCUAUGCUGUACCAAUACCUACACUUCAACUUGAUGCAGAGUCCAGAGAUGUCAAUAACUCUAACCCUCGAAGUAAUGAAAACAAUAGCUCGGAUCAAGAUGGAAAAAGUUUAAAUAUAAAAGAAUUAGAGUCGUUAGCUAGUUCUGGCACAUUAGCCUCUGGUGUCAGUAGGGAUGAUGAUGCAGAAGAUUCCAUCUUUGAAGAUGAGGAAGAACCGGUGAAAGGCUUAAGUAAAGAGAAAACAUCCACAAUCAGUGCUGCUGCCUCCAAGUCAAAGGCCGUAGCCUCGACUGAUGUAAGCCAAGCAUCUCUGGUGCCAUCUGAGGAACUGAAACAAGCCACUGAACCUGUGGUUAUAACCAAAAAUUCACCGGAAUAUGUGGCGGCUGUUUCCUCACUGAUACGCCAAUACAAAGGUCAGUUCAAGUCCUACACAAUACCGUGUUAUGUGGCCUCAGGAUCUGCUGGCAUGCCAGGACAGUUGGAAUACAGCAUUCACAACACCCUGUAUCUACAAGUACACUGCCCUGCUAUCAAACCACCCCUAGUUGUAAUAUCUGAUAGUGGAAGAAGGACUGUAGACUUUGGGAGUGUUUCCAUUGGCCAGACUUCCCAAAAUUCUGUAACAGUACAAAACAUUUCAGGAAAAGAUAUUGAGCUCAGUGCAUCUAUGGUGAACCCAUUUGGUCCAUUCCUUAUACUAAAUGCCUUGCGUCCAUUGUCACCGGGAGGUACUCAUACAAUUAUUCUGACAUUCACACCUGAAAAGGGACAUGUAUUUCAAGAGGACUUGUGUAUUAAGACCCUCCAUUCCACCCUGUACUUGACACUGUGUGGUACUGGAGUCAGCCCUUUAGUCAAUGUCAGUGUCACCAAUGGUUUGAUGGAGCUAGGGGCAGUUUUAAAUGGGGAUUUUGUGGAGAAAACUUUUACGAUAGAGAAUACAUCUAUACUAUCAAUAGACUACAUUAUUAAGCAAGACAGCUUAUCUCCCCUGCGCCAUAUAAAAGCUCAAGUAUUUCCUCAAUUCUUAAUAGGAAGAAAUGCAGAGAAAACUAAAAAUUAUGUUGGUCCUCAUAACUAUAAUGGCAAAAAUGUCUUUGAUAUCGUUCCGACAAAGGGUACUAUUCAAGGAGGUGAAACUAAAGAAAUCUGUGUGACCUUUGCUCCAGAUCAUGAGAGUGACUUGUAUUCUGAUGGGGUUAGGAUUGAGUUAUUUGAUCAGGAAGAGAGUCAUUUCUUCAAGGUAACCGGCCAGGGUAAACCAAGAAUUAUGUACCUUGAUGGGACAGAACCUCUUAAUCCAACCUUUGAGUCUUUGGCUUUCUCUCCAGCACCUUUUGAAGAAGAUGAUGAUGAAAUAGAUCCUACAGUAUCUAGAAAAAUUAAAGAGAACAAGACAUCAACAGUUAUAUCCCCUCCGUGUCUGAUAACACUGAGGAGUGUUAUGAAGAAUGAUAAUUUCCAAUCCACCUCUCAUGUCAUUUAUGUUGGGUGUGUUAGAUCAAUGGCAGUAAGUCAGAAAAAGAAUGGUGAGUUUUCGAUCGAAGGCGUCCAAGCUUUAACACAGAAAGGAUUUACAGUGGAACCUCAGAAGGGCAUGGUUGAAGCUGGAGCAAAGAAGCCUGUGACGUUUACGUGGGUGCCACCAGCUGGUCACGAGCCGAGCAAAAUUAUUGAAGAAUCAGUCGUCGUGACACUGAAAUGUGACGUCACGGAGCAGAUAACUCUAAUGAUUAGAGCCAUGGUUGUUUCAGCAUAGUCGUCCCUGAGUGUAGGAACGAAAGAAAAUUCUCCUUUCCUUACAUCGUGUUUGAAUGAUUGUUCCACCUAAAACAUCUAUUUCCAAAAUUUAAAAAAAAAAAGAUUCAUCAAUACUACUUUACUGAAUUACUCAUAGGUCCAACAAGUAUCCAAUAAUGAUUGAAAAAAAACAAUGUAUGAAUGUGCUUUAAAUCAAAUGUUAAAUGUAUGUCAUAUGCUUUUUUAAAGCUAAAUACAUUUAAAAUUUAAGCUUAUUCUUUCGAAUGAGAAGCGCGUAAUUUAAGGUUCCAUUAAGCUAUACGUCUGUGUGGUAUGAUAAUACAAAUGUAUUACUUCUAACGUAAUCCAAGAUAUUAUGUAAUUAGUAAUAAAAUUUAUUAAAAUGGUAAGUUUAUAAAAAUAAAGUCCCAAAUUUAAAAUAAUUACAAGUUUGGCCUACUUUUUGAAAUUGAAUCGUGGGAUGUAAUUUAUUAGUAUAUAAAAUGAG